AAGAGUUACCAUGUUAAACCAUGGCGGAGUAGGUGCCUACAAAAAACGGCAUUACAAUUUUUUCUCUAUGGCAUUGUAGAAAACCUAAUCGUGGACAGAGUUGUCACAUGAUACUGUGUUUGCAACUACAAAAUUGUCCCGCAGUGCUUUACCUUGACACACCUGUGAAACAACCCACACCAACGUAAGUUUCACUUUACGACCUAGUUUGACAAACAUUGGGACAAGUUAACGUAUUUACUUGAUUAAAACAUCAUAUUGGAAUCUCAUGGAACAGCAGUAGCCUAGACAUCAGGUGAAUCAGUGGGACUUGCCCUUAUGAGAAUGUUUUGUACCAACUUGUUUUAUGGAAUAUCAUUUAAAAUGUUGAAACACAAUGGUAAAUAGUCACUUUGCAGACAGACAGAGAGACGGGCCAAUAAUUGCACUCACAACACAUAGCCCCUAGACAUGAAUAUCAUAUAGACUGAGACAGGCAGAGAAACAGUGAUGUCAGAGCACCUGACUUUAAACCCAGAGCCAGAUGAAGACCGAGCUGGAGGGCCUUCUACAACCAGUAGGUCUACUGCUGCAGGACCUCAAACACCUGGAUCGGAACAACAGGGCCUAGAGCACAGGAGGAUGGAAGAAGAAAAGGGGGAAGAGGAUGAGAAGGAGGAGGAGGCAACCAGCUCAGCUGCCUUUGAGCCUAGCACUUUGCCAUGGCCGGGAGACAAAGAGAUGGCGCGAGAGGAAGAGAAAGGAAGUGUAGCGUCUGAGAGCGAGGGAACUGAAGAGGAGAGGGAGAUAGGGAGCCAAGAGCUUCUGGAGGGACAGGAGAGACAGCCAGAGAGUGAGCGAAAGGCAAAAUGGAGAGAAAGCAUGCCGGAGGGAGAGAGAUGGACGGAUGAGGAGGUGGAGGGAGGCCAAGAUGAGGAAAGGGAUGGUUCGCUUGCAGAUGAUGAAGAUGAGGAGGAAGGCCCAGUCAAUUGGAUGCCAGAAAAGGCUAUGCAGGUCUUCACUCCGACAGUGAUAGUGCGUCCAUCUAGCAAAUGGGAGGAGUUCCCACCCGAAAAUAACUACUAUGAGGAAAUGGACACUGAGAAGAGUUCUUUCUUAGAGCCCCAGACACAUACAGCCCCACCAGUAUACUACUACCCACAAUGGACAGAGGAGCGGGACAACUACACACAUAUGUGUUGUGGUGACGUUCUGAAACUUGGCCUGGGCAUUGGUGCUGCAGCUGUUCUAUUCCCUCUACUCGUGUGGGGCGGCUAUGCCCUCUUGCCAUUUGAUGCCCCGCUACUGGACAGCGCCCCUCUCAGGCUGGUGUACACACUACGCUGCUCCUUCUUUGCUGUCAUACCCAUCAUUCUAGGUGUGCUGGUGCAGGGGGUGGCGCGGCUGCACUACGGCGCCUUAACGCCCCUCUACGAGAGCAAGGUGGGGGAGGAGAGCCGGGAGAUGGCGGUGCACCGGCACUAUGUGGUUGACUCGCUCUCCCUCUUCCUGCUUUACUUCCUGCAACUGGCCGUCAUGGCCACCUACAUCAGCCAGGACCUGCUCAAGAUGGUGCCCCUGCUCACCAUCGUCUUUGCCUUCGGCAGGCUGAUCUACUGGGUGUGUGUGUCCCUAAGCAGCAGUGUGAGGGGGUUGGGCUUCGGCCUCUCCUUCCUGCCCAUACUGGUCAUGCUGGGCGCCAACCUCUACUUUGUGUGCUCGUCAAUCAGUGAAGGUGCUGUCUUUGAUGUGGCCCCGCCCACCACUGCCCCACCUCCCCGGCAGAGUUGGUGGGGCUAAGGAGGAAGAGGAGUAGAUACGCCCAAUCCUGAAGCCUAGAUGGACCCUCAGUCCCUAGACACUUAUGUAGAUCUGAAAGAUAUAUGUCCACUUUGCUUUCUAGUAGACCAGGGCCAUGCUCAGUAGGCAAACAUUGUGCAACCUUGCAGAUAGAAAUGUAUUCAUUACUCUAUAUGUCAGAGAUGCAAGUGUGUUCACAAUAUAACACACAUUCCCCAAUUUUUUUGCCCUACUGAGGUUUGUUUGAAAUGUUGUUGGUACCCAUUCAGCUCUACACAACGGUCAUGGUGUUGAUUUUGGAAGGAGAGAGGGGGGAAGAAUCAAUCAAGUUCAUCAGCUUGGAUUUCACCUUCAUCUGAAACAUUGGAUUGCAUUUGCAGUGGUUGAUGGUGAAAUACAAUGACUUGAGGCUAGCAACCCCAUAGAAGUUGCUUGUAAUUGAAGGAUUGUGUGUCAUACGCCCUAUGGGACUCCCAAUCACGGGGUCUUCCAAGUUAUUGAAAUUUAUGAAGACUUGAGUGCAACUUUGCUGAGGUAUAAACCUAGUGCAGAGUUGCCACUUUUUGAAGAAAAAAAAAAAAUGCAAUGUCAAACAGGCUGGAAGCCCAUAACGACAAGGAAUAACAAAUAUUUAACUGAAGUAACCAAAUACAAUAAACAAUGGUGUGAGUGGUUGUGUGCAUAGAUGUGAUAAUGAGGCGUGUUGAAUGGUGCCAAAACAAACAAAAUGGCCACAAAAAUGCCACAACCAAAAUCCAGCAGUGUGUCUGCAUGGAGAGUCUCCUCAAUGAAUGGGGAAGAGGUAUUUAUCCCGGGCCCAGGUGUGUCCCAUUUUGCUGACGACCCUCCCGGCUUCGCCCACCGACAUCCUAAUAAGGAAAACGAGAAAGAAUACGGCAGACAGAGUGGGAGGGUCAUCACAGCGGAUAUAAUUGUUUCAACUGUGCAAUGUUUACAUUUCAUUUCCGCAUUUAAUACUCCCAAUGGAUGGGAAUGAAGAGUAUAAUUCAAUGCCUACUUGCAAUAUGUGCCUUAUGUCUGUACAGUACCAUAAAAGCAGUGAACAAUCA